ACGAUGGAUGGGGGAGAUGGUACUGCUGACCUUGUGAUUAACAAGAGGUUCGUGUCUGAAUCGGAGCUAGAGGAGCGGCGAAAGAGAAGGCAGGAGGAAUGGGAAAAGGUCCGAAAACCUGAGGACCCAAAAGAAUGCCCAGAGGAGGCGUAUGACCCACGUUCGCUGUAUGAAAGACUUCAGGAACAGCGAGAAAAGAAGCAGCAGGAGUUUGAGGAGCAAUUUAAAUUCAAAAAUAUGGUAAGAGGCUUAGAUGAAGAUGAGACACAUUUCCUUGAUGAGGUUUCCCGGCAGCAGGAGCUACUGGAAAAGCAACGAAGAGAAGAAGAGCUGAAAGAACUAAACGAGUACAGAAGCACCCUCACCAAAGUGGGAGUCAGUAUGGACCCAAAGAAGGAAACUGAGAAGAAAUUGCCCAUGAAGUCAGUGGAAAACAAGAACAAAUUCUCUCAGGCAAAGCUGUUGGCAGGAGCUGUGAAACACAGAAGUUCAGAUGGUGGCAGCAGCGUGAAGAGGUUGAAACUAGAUGCUGAUCAUGACGAAAAGAAUCAAGAAAAACCGUCCUGUGUUCCCUUGGGGAGCAGCUCGGUGGGAGGCUCCACGGUCCACUGCCCCUCAGCAGCCGUGUGCAUCGGGAUCCUGCCUGGCCUGGGUGCCUACUCGGGGAGCAGCGAUUCGGAGUCCAGCUCGGAUAGCGAAGGCACUAUUAAUUCCACCGGGAAGAUCGUCUCUUCCGUCUUCCGCAGCAACAGUUUCUUUGAUGGUCCAUAACGAAAUCCCUCCGUGUGUAACGUAGUGCAGAGUACCUUCCAAAGCCCCGACGGAUGCUUGAUGCAUCCUGCCCCAAAUACAGUGUUUCUAGCUAACCUCUCCACCUUAAUGCUCUCAGCUACCCCCAAAAUAACUCAUUUUAUCUUUUUCUUUUCCCCCCACAACUCUCCAUUUCUGGGGUGCGUCCUGAGCCUGGAAGGAAGGCCGCCAUCC